AGCUGUAGCUCUUCAGUCCUUCACCUCUCUCCAUUCUAUUUAUAUUCAGCCUAAUUUCACUCCAGGGCUAUUUUCUCCCUGACGGCUCCCUGCUGUCACUUGUUGCCCCUCUUAAUUUCCUCAUACACCUCCCAUAUCUGAUGGCUGGGCUUAUGGAGGCCUUCCAGUGUGGGUAUGAUUGACACAUUUAUUAUUACCAUUUGUGCGUUUAUUUUCAAUCUCCUCCGUGCUGUGUGGAGAACAUUAGUGUUCGACCCGACUGGUUUGGCAGUGUUAUACAAGGAGAGAGGCCCUUCUUCAAAGGAACUCAUGGAGGAGUUGAGCCCCAGACAGCUGGCUGUCAAACAGCUGAAGCGACAGUUCCUGGAGGCUCUGCGGACUAACAAUGCCCAGGAGGUUAUGCAGAUUCUGCGCACCAGGAAACUUGACAUUGACACUGUGCUGGAGGUGGAAGACCCCAGCAUGGUGCUGGCCUCAUACAAACAAGGUUAUUGGCUCCCAGGCUACAAACUGGAGAAUUCCUGGGCGAUGGGUAUUCAUGUAUGUGUGAUGUACAAUGCUGUGGAAACAGCACUGGUGCUCCUUCAGGACGGUGCAGCCAUCAACCGGAUGCCUAAUGGGAAGACGCCACUGCACGUGGCUUGCGAGGUCUCCAACAGCGACUGUGUCGCCUUGCUUUUGGCUCACAAGGCAAAAGUCAACAGCCUAUCACUGAGCGGCCACACACCACUGCACUACUGCAUCACCAGGGAGUCUGUGGACUGUGCCAAGCAACUAAUCCUCAAAGGUGCAAAAGUCAAUAUGCCCAGCCACAACAAGGAGGAGGACACACCUUUACACAUAGCAGCCAGAUUUGGCAUCCCAGAGCUGGUGGCUCUCUACUUGACCCACGGAGCGUCUGUGAAUGCAGUCAACUCCCUCCAGGAUACUCCCCUGAUGACUGCGUGCUUCUGGGCUUUUGACUCUAAAGAACAAACAUACAGCCAAGAUCACCAUCUUGUCUGUCGCCUCUUGCUGGACCACCAUGCAGAUCCCAAUCUCCGAGACGAGGACUAUAAAACAGCUCUUCACAAGGCAGCCUGGAACUGUGAUCAUGUCCUGAUGCAGAUGCUGCUGGAGGCCGGAGCAGAUACACAUAAGAUGGACAUGAAUGGCUGUGCCCCCAUUCAAUAUCUCCUCAAAGUGACUGAUGUCAGGCCUAUGGCCAUACCUAAGCUCUGCUAUCAGCUGCUGCUCAACCAUAACACAGCACGGAUCUACCCACCCCAGUUCCACAAGGUGUUGCAGACCUGCUAUGACUACCCCGAAGUAGUAGAAAUGAUGGUCAACUCUUAUGAACACUUAAAGCCCACAAAGAAGUGGAGAGCUUCCAUUCCUGAUGACUGCUACAAGCGACAUGAAGACUUCUACGACUCCUUGUUCGCUGUUUGCACCAACACUCCUCGCAGCCUGCUCCACCUGACCAGAUGUGCCAUAAGAGCCAGCCUGGGUGGGCUCUGCCACAGAGGUGUAGCACAGCUGUCUCUGCCAUAUACAGUGAAGAAAUAUUUACUACUGGAACCUGAGGGGAUACUGUACUGAUGAAGAGACUUCUGUUCAUAAGAUUCAACUGUUGUAUGGGUCAGCAGACGAUUUGAAUAGAAACAUUUACUUCCUGUGUGCAGACUAUAGAAAGUGAAUAUGCUGCAAGUUGGAGCUGACACUAACGUGUGCUUUUUAUAUUUUUGCCAUAAAAAUCAUUCCUAGAGGCUUCUGUCUGGAACAUAAGAAAUCCCUCUUUGGUGUUUGACAGUAGAAACUUCAUGCAAGUUGUCUUUUGUGGUUUGAGCCUGGAUAUGACAGGACACCAUCCAAAUAAUUACAAAUUAUGAAUCAAAUGAAUAUUCAACUAGAAACAUGCAGAGAUUUAAGGGAGAGGUGAGAAAAUAGCAAUUUACUAAUGCAAAUUGCUGUGCUAAUGACAUUAUACAUAUAUAUACAUAUAUAUAUAUUACAUGAUAAUAAUCAUUUAUAGUAAUUGAAAAGUGAGGAUUUUCAUCCGCUGAGUCACAUGGAACCACCAUCCUAUCCCCACAACCUCUUUCUGUAAUCCUUGUAUUAUUUGUGCCUUCUAUGGGAGCCGUACCUGUCUCUUUUAAAGUGGCAUGAGUGUCAGUAAAGACAAUUUGUCUUUUACUUGUCUCUCUAUCACAGUGCUGCCUCCGAGAAUCCAAAUCUACCUGGCAACCUGCCUUAAUGCUCACUCUCAAGCUCAUGCUCUUGUGAUACUCAGCUAUUUGCAGAACAAACACUUGACAAAGCCCUCCAUAGCUAGUGCUUGUUUUUCCAGUGGGCUGCACAUGUAGCCAUGCACUUGGACCAGUUUUUUGUUAGUCAGAUUUUUUGUUAUUAUUAUCUGAACUCCCUCAAAACAGAGGCCACUCUGGAAAACAGUGAUGAUAACUUAAUAUCCUUGUCAUUUUUUUAUAACUAUGUCCACCUUAACUCAAACAUCAGAUGCUAUCUUUGAACUGUUUUCUGACUAAUGCACUGUAGAUUAUCACCUAAAGGAAGAUCACUAACUAUACAACUUUGAAAAGUCUCAGGUAGACCUUUAGUUGUGACCUGGGCCAAUCAUCACAGUCACAACAGCAUGCUGUAAUAAUGGGAUAAUUUUUAGGUCUAACAUGGGGAGAUAAUGCUAGUGUAUAAUAGAGGGAAGCACUCACGAGACUGAGGCUGCCGCCUGGAGAGAGAGAGAGAAAGAGAGAGAGAGAGAGAGAGAGAGAGAGAGAGAGAGAGAGAGAGAGAGAGAGAGAGAGAGAGGUGCUGCUGAGCUAUUGUAUAGUGUUUUUGAGAGGAGAAAGAGGAGAAAAUGAACUGGCAGCCUCAGGAAAUACAAACGUGAAGGCUGAAUUAGGAUGGGAUGAAGGCAAUGGAGCUUUUUCUUCAUCUCAAUCAUACAGUGCAUACAUAUAUAAAGAUAGCAAACAUGAAUUGUAAAGUUUUAGUCACGAAAAAGGUAUGACUAAAACAAAAGAUAGUAAACAAAGAUUUUCCUGCAAACAUGUAAAACAACAAUUAAGGAAAUGUGUUUGAGCGUUUAAACUAUUUCCAGUUUCCACAUUCUUUGAACAAUCCCGAGCAUACGGAGGGCAGUUUCGUAUCUUUUCAUGCAAAAUAAUUAAAUGACUUACAACAGUUGCUUGUACCUGUAGUGUGCUGUUGGUGUAAUCAAUACGAACCUUAUGGCAGUCCAUAGUUCAUACACAAACAGGUGUGGCUGAGCUCUGUACGUCUGCAUAGUGUACCAGACAUCUU